GAAGACCUCCUAAACACGUGAUUAUGAGGUGCGGAAGGAAAGUUGUGAUUUCGGGAAAACGUGAGUGAAGAUUUGUUUCUCAUGGGUGGAAAAGGUUGGAAAAUAGCUAACAUAAAGAAUACAUUAUGGAUGACGAGGAGGAGACCUACAGACUGUGGAAAAUCCGCAAAACAAUCAUGCAGUUGUGCCACGACAGAGGCUACCUUGUGACGCAGGAUGAGUUGGACCAGACUCUGGACGAGUUCAAGAGCCAGUUUGGGGACAAGCCGAGUGAAGGGCGCCCGCGGCGGACAGAUCUCACUGUGCUGGUCGCCCACAACGAUGACCCGACCGACCAGAUGUUCGUCUUCUUUCCAGAGGAGCCCAAGGUGGGAAUCAAGACUAUAAAGAUGUACUGCCAGCGCAUGCAGGAGGAGAAUAUCACACGUGCCUGCAUCGUGGUCCAGAUGGGGAUGACGCCUUCCGCCAAACAGUCGCUGGUGGACAUGGCACCCAAAUACAUCCUAGAGCAGUUUCUACAACAGGAGCUCCUCAUCAACAUCACAGAGCAUGAYCUGGUUCCUGAGCACAUAGUGAUGACAAAAGAAGAACUGUCAGAGUUGCUGCUUCGAUAUAAACUGAAGGAGAGCCAGCUACCCAGGAUUCAAGCAGGAGACCCUGUGGCCAGAUACUUUGGACUGAAAAGAGGACAGGUAGUGAAGAUCAUCAGACCUAGUGAGACUGCCGGUAGAUACAUCACCUACAGACUGGUGCAGUAAACGCACACCUGCUCUAUUAUGGUCUAUUAUGGACCAGAAGGAGAAUGAGAUGCAGUAAACACACACCAGCUCUAUUAUGGACCAGAAGGAGAAUGAGAUGCAGUAAACACAGCAACUGCUCUAUUAUGGACCAGAAGGAGAAUGAGAUGCAGUAAACACACACCUGCUCUAUUAUGGACCAGAAGGAGAAUGAGAUGCAGUAAACACACACCAGCUCUAUUUAUGGACCAGAAGGAGAAUGAGAUGCAGUAAACACACACCAGCUCUAUUAUGGACCAGAAGGAGUAUGAGAUCUGAUGUUUGCGGACAGGGAAUGACUGAAGAUGCUCCAUAUGAAGAAGAAAGAACAUGCUCUCAUCA